AUGGCAGCUAAGGAAGCACAAGUCGGUGCGACAAUGACCACCCACACAACCGCCCAAGGAAAGUCAGCGGCAAUGGAGGCGAUAGAAGACGUCAUCUACGGAUCUGUCGCCGGCAUUGCUGGCAAAUAUAUAGAAUACCCUUUCGACACAGUCAAAGUCAGGCUCCAGUCCCAGCCCGAUCACCUCCCUCUCCGAUACACGGGUCCCCUGGAUUGCUUCCGACAGUCAAUCAAAGCCGAUGGAGUUGUUCAGGGUCUAUACCGCGGCAUCAGCGCACCACUCGUUGGUGCAGCCGCCGAGACGAGCAGUCUAUUCUUCUUCGAGCGCAUAGGACGGGAGGUGGUAUAUGCAUCGGGACAUUAUUCGCGAGAUCGCGUACUUCCGUUGUCUGCAUUGUGGUUCACGGGCGCAUUUUCAGGGACAUUCACCUCUUUCGUCCUCACUCCCAUUGAACUGGUGAAGUGCAAGGUCCAGGUGCCUACAACGACUAGCACCGAUGGGAUGGCUCCCAAAGCCCCUAGUGUCAUGUCGGUCAUUCGAGAUGUUUACAAACACGAAGGAAUCAGGGGCUUCUGGCAUGGCCAAAUGGGCACUUUUCUUCGGGAAGCUGGCGGCUGUGCGGCUUGGUUUGGCUCCAAGGAGACCACGACGAAGAUGUUCUAUCUCCUCAACGAACGAUCCGCAAUCACACAGAAGGAGAAGGAUGCAUUGGCUACGGAGGCGCUGCCAUUAUGGCAGCAGGCUGUGGCCGGAGCCUCUGCCGGCAUGUCUUACAACUUCCUCUUCUUCCCGGCCGAUACGAUCAAGUCACGUAUGCAGACAUCGCCUGUUGGUGGUACUACGCAGAAUCGGUCAUUCUGGCAGGAAGGCAAGGCCCUAUGGGGUCAACACGGCCUGCGCGGUCUCUAUCGCGGAUGCGGUAUCACGGUACUACGCUCUGCACCGAGUUCCGCUUUCAUCUUCAUCAUUUUCGACGAUCUAAAGCAGCGUUUUCCUCUCUGA